AUCAGCGCAGACAACCUUCCUGCCAUUAAGGCCCGAUUGAAGACAGAAAUGGUGGAAUCGGCUAGACGUACACAUAAUCAGGAGAAGAGGUCUCGCACUGAAACUGCUCAAAAUUCUCCAAGUGCACAGGCCUCUGGGGGAAAGGCAAAGAAGACUCUUGGUAGUCUUUUUAAAACCAGUGCGGCCUCUUCAGCUUUGCCUCUGCCACUUGAAGAUGUCGUGGAGGCAGAGUUGAAUAGUUACCUGUUGACCCCUGUCAUUGACGGAGAGGAUGAUCCCUUAGCCUGGUGGAAGGUGCACAACAUUCACUUUCCACGACUGUGCAAGAUGGCCCGCAAAUAUCUGUGUGUGCCAGCCACAAGUGCCCCCUCAGAGCGUCUGUUCAGCACUGGAGGGAAUAUAGUGACCUGCACUCGCUCAUCCUUAAAGCCAGCAAAAGUAGAUAUGCUGGUCUUCCUAGCAAAAAACCUGUGAGCUAGGAUGAUUAUGGCUAGCUGAGCCAUACUCAUUGUGCACUUUAGUUUGUGCUGUGUUGCUGUUACUUACUGCAGAUAAUCAAGAUGUUCAGCCAGUUUUAAUUUAAAGGCGUGUUUGUGUGUGUGUUUAUACAAUUGCUAUUAUGUUUGCACUUUAUGUGUAAUGUUACUGACUGCAGAGAUCAGUAAGAUGUGUGUAUUUUUAUUUAUUAGUUUUAUUUAUUUAAUAUUAUUUUUUAAUUUAAUGACUGUCUAGUAGUUCACAGAUGUCGAAAAACUGAGUGUGGUAACGCCACUGAUUUUUUUUAUGUAUAUUUCUGCAAUCUGCACAUUGUACUGACUUUCAUUUUAAUGUUUACACCAGGGUUCCUUGUCAGCACUUUAUGCUCAGAUGUUUGUAAGCUAAAAAUAAACUAUUGUGUAUGUUCAAAUAUACUGUUGUGAUUGAAGAAGUUAAAUAAAAAUGUCAGUCAUCAAUUCAUGCAUCACCUCAUGUCAUCAUAACAGAGGUCUGUCUUCCAGGAAAGAACAGUUUAAAAUUAAUGUAAUAUAGUAUUGGCCAUACUAUAUGAUGUAUUGCUUGUCUUUGUU